AUGGCACAGAAACAGAGGGAAAAGCAGAAGGAGUCGUCUUCAUCUUCAGUAGUACAAGAGAACGCAGAAGAAAGCAAAAUUUUGCCAGCUGAGGAAGAGGAAGUGAGCUCCUACACACUCGUAGACAAACUUGAGCAAUAUGGAAUAGCUGCCUCUGAUAUUCGAAAAUUGAAGGACGCUGGCUUUAAUACAUUCGAAGCAAUUGCUUAUGCACCUCGCAAGGAAUUAGUUGCUAUUAAAGGAAUUAGCGAGCAAAAAGCUGAAAAAAUUUUCACAGAAGCUGCAAAAUUGGUGCCAAUGGGUUUCACUACUGCUAGUGAAGUUCAUGUUAAACGUUCUGAAAUAAUUCAAAUCAGCACUGGUAGUCGUGAGUUGGACCGUUUACUAGGUGGUGGUGUAGAAACAGGAUCCAUUACAGAAAUAUUUGGCGAGUUUCGCACCGGAAAGAGUCAGAUUUGUCAUACUAUGGCAGUAAUGUGUCAGUUGCCAGUAGAUAUGGGUGGAGCUGAAGGGAAAUGCCUUUGGAUUGAUACAGAAGGUACUUUUCGUCCAGAACGAUUACUUGCUGUCGCAGAAAGACAUAAGCUUUCUCCUCAAGAUGUUUUGGACAAUGUUGUGUAUGCACGUUGUUAUAACACUGACCAUCAGAUGCAACUUCUCAUUCAAGCAUCUGCAAUGAUGGCAGAAUCGAGGUUGGAUAUAAACUAUUUGACAUAUAUGUUUAUAUCUUAA